AUGCCCUCCCCGGGGUCGCCGCAGACCCGGGAGGAAGAGCCGCCCUGGCUUGGGCGCUUCCUGCGUGCGCCCCCGGGGCUGCCGCGGCUGGACCCGAGCGGCGGGGCGCUGCUGCUGCUGCUGUGCGGUUUCGUCGCGCUGCUCGGCUGGAACUGGCUGCGGCGGCACCGGGCGCGGGGCAUCCCGCCCGGGCCCACGCCCUGGCCCCUGGUGGGCAACUUCGGCCACGUGCUGCUGCCGCCCUUCCUCCAGCGGCAGAGAUGGCUGAGCCUCGGGGCGAGGGCCGCAGGGCUGGACCCCACGGGCCUGAGCCCGCAGCUGCUCCUCACGGGCCUGGCGCGCGUGUACGGCAACGUCUUCCGCUUCUUCAUCGGCCCCCACCUGGUGGUGGUCCUCAGCGACUUCCACAGCGUGCGCGAAGCGCUGGUGCAGCAGGCCGAGGUCUUCAGCGACCGGCCGCGGAUGCCGCUCAUCUCCAUCGUAACCAAGGAGAAGGGGAUCGUGUUUGCACAUUAUGGUCCAGUCUGGAAACAACAGAGGAAAUUCUGUCAUUCAACUCUUCGUCAUUUUGGCUUGGGAAAGCUUAGCUUGGAGCCCAAGAUUAUUGAGGAGUUCAAAUGCGUGAAAGAGGAAAUGCAAAAACAUGGAGAAGACCCCUUCAGUCCCUUCCCCAUCAUCAGCAAUGCUGUCUCUAACAUCAUUUGCUCCUUGUGCUUUGGCCAGCGUUUUGAUUACACCAAUAGUGAGUUUAAGAAAAUGCUUGGUUUUAUGUCAAGAGGAUUAGAAAUCUGUCUGAACAGUCAGAUUCUUCUGGUCAACAUAUGCUCCUGGCUUUAUUACCUUCCCUUUGGACCAUUUAAGGAAUUAAGACAAAUUGAAAAGGAUAUAACCAGUUUCCUUAAAAAUAUCAUCAAAGACCAUCAAGAGUCUCUGGAUAGAGAGAACCCUCAGGACUUCAUAGACAUGUAUCUUCUCCACAUGGAGGAGGAGUGGAAAAAUAAUAGCAACAGUAGUUUUAAUGAAGAGUACUUAUUCUAUAUCAUUGGGGAUCUCUUCAUUGCUGGGACUGAUACCACAACUAACUCGUUGCUUUGGUGCCUCCUGUAUAUGUCACUGAACCCUGAUGUACAAGAAAAGGUUCAUGAAGAAAUUGAAAGGGUCAUUGGUCCCAACCGAGCCCCUUCCCUCACGGACAAGGCCCAGAUGCCCUACACAGAAGCCACCAUCAUGGAAGUGCAGAGGCUAACUGUGGUGGUGCCUUUUGCCAUUCCUCAUAUGACCUCAGAGAAAACAGUGCUCCAAGGGUAUACCAUUCCUAAAGGCGCAUUGAUCUUACCCAACUUGUGGUCAGUACACAGAGACCCAGCCAUCUGGGAGAAACCAGAUGAUUUCUACCCUAAUCGAUUUCUGGAUGACCAAGGAGAACUUCUUAAAAAAGAAACCUUUAUUCCUUUUGGGAUAGGGAAGCGGGUGUGUAUGGGAGAGCAACUGGCAAAGAUGGAAUUAUUCCUGAUGUUUGUGAGCCUAAUGCAGAGUUUCACAUUUGCUUUACCUAAGGAUUCUGAAAAGCCCAUCCUGACUGGAAGAUUUGGUCUAACUUUAGCCCCACAUCCAUUUAAUAUAAUAAUUUCAAAGAGAUGAAGAGCAUCUCCAAGAAGAGAUGGUUUAACAGAUGUAUAAAUACAUAUCCUUUCAAACAGAUUCUUCCUACUCCAGUUUACAGUAGAUCCAGCAACUCAGAGGAUCUAGGUUAGGCUCAGAUUAGAGAGAGAUUGGAAAGAGGGUAGAGCACGUGGGAGCUUUCAGCCUGGAGGAUUCCUCAGCAGGAUACUUUAGCCAUUUUAGUAAUACGUGUCUGUGAUUUAAGGGAUGGGGACCAAAGUACCGAAUCAGGAAGCAGGAGAUCUAAAUUUUAGUCUCGCUGGCUUCCACGAAUGAACAUAUCUUCUCAUCUCUCAGUGUCUCAGUUAUCCCACGUGUAAAAUGAUGGUAACAAAACUUGCUUUCUCUCUGUCUCUAAGCACUUAGUAAGGUCAAAUGCCUCAUAUCUUUUCUGACAUCACCAAAAGACUAAGUUCUGGAGAGGAAAUUCAGGAUUAGGAGAAAAUCUGCCUGCUGCCUUUUUAAGGCCUAUGACAGCAUGAAAGUGGUCUUCAGCCUUGACCACUCUGCGGAGAGAGAUGUGGAUUUAGGUUAUAUGGAGGUGGGGCUUUCCUGAGCACAGAUUCAAUGUCAGUUUCUUUGGGCUUGUUCUAUUAUUAUUAUCUUUUCAUUUAUGACUUUAGUUUUUACUUUUUGUAGACAUGAGAUGAAGUGGACCCUUGUCCAGUAUAUUGAGGAAAAAAGAAAUUAGGAUUUUAAAAAAUCCCCUGUAAGGUUAUUGUCCAAAUUUAUAUGUCUGUCUGCUGCUUAACUACAUAAACAGUGAGCCUGGCUAAAAAAGUGGCUUCAUGGCAAAAUUCCUUUCUCCUGACUGUAUUUGCAAAGAUGCAGCUCUCCCUUUUGACUUGAGCCCUGAAUGGUGAGCUCUGGGAUUUUGAUACUGGAAUUCAUCAGGAAGGGAUUCUUCUUUCAAACUAUACUAAACAUUCCUUUCCUAUUCUCCCUCUCACCAGACCCAGCGUAACUGAUCCUUGAAUACUCUGAAAGAUAGGAAGGCAUUCUUACUCUUUAUUAAGAUAAUUAUUUGUUUUUUAAUGAAGAAGGCCCCUCUAGAAAAGCAGUUCUCAACAGGGAUAGUAACCUUCUUCGGGGGGGCUUGGAAAUGUGUAGGCGCAUUUUUUAGUUAUCAUAAAGAUGGGGGUGCUACUGGCCCAAUACUGCCAUGGGGCCAGGAUCCUAAAUGUCAAAACAAUUCUAUACAAUGAAGAAUUGUCCUUCUCGGAGUGCCAGUAUUUCCCCUGUGAGAACACGGUCCAAAGAAUGACUAGCCCUUUCCUUUAUUCUCUCCAGUACUCCGUAUAUAGAAGUCAUCAUGGUAAUAAUAUGAGCAACCAUAUUUCUGAGCCUUUUCUCAUGCUGGCACCAUACUUAAUGCUUUACUUGUAGGCUUAUGUAAUUCUUACAGAAAUUCUAUUAAGAGGAUGUCUAUAGCUGAUGAAGCUGAGGCUUAGAGAAGUUAAGGCACAAAGUUAAAAAGUACCAUCCCUGGGUUUCAAACCUGCUAGUCUCUGUGACUGGAGAGUGCUUUCUGAACCACUUCUGCCACCACUGGAUCCCAUAGCAGUGCCCCCCCGCCUGUCUUCAUCCCUGACUGAGUUCUUUGAGGUGAGGGUGUCCUGCUGCUAUCCGCCCCCACAGUGCCUUGCUCUGAGUGGGUGCCCACUCAACACGGGAAUGACUUUUAAGAAGUGUACUUAGGGGAAAAAUCCCACCCCCAUUUGAAUAAUGACAGGUCAUAUUUUUGUUACUUAAAGGUAAUAAGAGAUUAGUAUGUGUUAUUUGUCAAUGUCAAUUAAAGCCAGUUUUUAAAAAAAAAUUACUGGACUUUUGAGUAUCAUUUCAAACAACUAACAACUAUUUUUUAAACAAACUUAGUGUGAUGCCUUAGCUGUUGAAAUAUAACACAGAAUGUAAGCUCCUAGCACAUGGAGACUAGGCCACAUCCAUGGGCCUCUCAUUUACUUUCUUAAAGGAAAGAAGCAGCUAGUGCUGUUCCUACUGAUAGAGAAGAGGACAGAAAAGAUCCAGAGUGCCAUUACUUUGAGAAUUAAACAAAAAGAAAAGGUGAAACUCUGAACUUGAACAGUUUAGCUAGAAAGGCUUCCUGUGACUUCUUACCCUUCCUUGCUAAGUUUUCCAGACCAGUGGAGACACCA